AUGAGUGCACCAGCGUACUAUGAAUUAUAUAGAAGAUCAACAAUAGGAGUAACAUUAGCAGAUGCAUUAGAUACAUUAAUAUCAGAUGAAAAAAUUCAACCACAAUUAGCAAAUAGAAUAUUAAGUAAUUUUGAUAGAAUAAUAUCAGAAAAUUUAAGAAAUGAAAAUAAUAUAGCAAAAUCAAAAUUAACUUUUAAAGGUGAUUUAGAUACUUAUAGAUUUUGUGAUGAUGUUUGGACUUUUAUUAUAAAAAAUGUAUUAAUUAAAUUAAGUGAUUUAAGUUCUACAAAUGGUAAUGAUAAUGAAAUGGAAAUUAAUGUUGAUAAAUUUAAAAUUGUUGCUUGUAAUUCAAGAAAAGCUGGUGAGACUUGA